CAAGGGAAGAAGAAUGAGGAGUGGAAAUGAAACUAGCAACGGGCGACCACCACCACAACCACAACGAGAAAAUUAUAUUAUAUUAUAUUAUUAUGAAGGACGAAGUGGAUGGAGAAAAGAGAAGAAGAGAGAGAAAAAGACAAGAAGAAUGUGAGACACUGGGCCCGUUGAAUGACGAACCUUCUUUUGAGGGGAGAUUCCGGUCCGAUUCUGCCCAGGGAUUUUGUUGUGUUGUUGGAUGUUGUGGGUUAUUAUCUGUACUGGGGAUUGUUUGUUUCGCGUCUGAAGCAGAAUCUGUCUCUAUAUCUCUCUUCUAAUAUUCCUCUCGUCUAAAGGAUUGUCCCCCGGGGGAGAAAAAAAGAAUUUGUCCCAGACGCAGAAAGUAUCCCAAUUCAGAUACCGCCUACACCACACUGCUCUUUACGGUCAAUGUUAGACACUGCAGUGUACAGACAGAGGGAUGGAUUAGGUUAUCAAGCCGAUCAGGCUGAUUUAUUGUGGCUCUGGAAAAAAAGAGAAA